AUGUUUCGUCUACCGACAGUCAUGAAGCAGGUGAGGCCUGUGUGCCGGGCGCUGGCUCCUCACCUCACACGAGGCUACGCUAAGGACGUGAAGUUUGGAGCUGAUGCUCGCGCUCUCAUGCUGCAGGGAGUCGACCUGCUGGCUGACGCUGUGGCCGUCACCAUGGGUCCAAAGGGUCGCAACGUCAUCAUCGAGCAGAGCUGGGGCAGCCCGAAGGUCACCAAGGACGGCGUGACUGUGGCCAAGAGCAUCGACCUGAAGGACAAGUACAUGAACAUCGGCGCCAAGCUGGUGCAGGACGUGGCCAACAACACCAACGAGGAGGCCGGAGACGGCACCACCACCGCCACCGUGCUCGCUCGGGCCAUCGCCAAGGAGGGCUUUGACACCAUCAGCAAAGGCGCCAACCCCGUGGAGAUCCGCCGCGGAGUCAUGAUGGCCGUGGAACACAUCAUUAAUGAGCUGAAGAAGCUCUCCAAGCCUGUCACAACCCCCGAGGAGAUCGCACAGGUUGCUACAAUCUCGGCCAAUGGAGAUGUAGAGAUUGGAACCAUCAUCUCCAACGCCAUGAAGAAAGUCGGCAGGAAGGGAGUCAUCACAGUCAAGGACGGGAAAACUCUGCACGAUGAGCUGGAGAUCAUCGAGGGCAUGAAGUUCGACCGCGGUUACAUCUCCCCUUACUUCAUCAACACCGCCAAAGGUCAGAAGGUCGAGUUCCAGGACGCCUACCUGCUGCUGAGCGAGAAGAAGAUCUCGAGCGUGCAGAGCAUCGUGCCGGCUCUGGAGAUCGCCAACCAGCACCGCAAACCACUGGUGAUCGUGGCUGAAGAUGUGGACGGGGAGGCGCUCAGCACGCUCGUCCUCAACAGGCUGAAGGUCGGUCUGCAGGUAGUGGCUGUUAAAGCUCCCGGCUUCGGAGACAACAGGAAGAACCAGCUGAGGGAUAUGGCCGUCGCCACCGGGGGCACUGUGUUUGGAGAGGAUACUCUGGGCGUCGCUCUCGAGGACAUCCAGGCUCACGACUUUGGUAAAAUCGGCGAGGUGCAGAUCACCAAAGACGACACCCUGCUGCUGAAGGGAGGAGGAAACCCCGCCGAUGUCGAGAAGCGUGCGUCGGAGAUCGUCGAGCAGCUGGAGAGCACCACAAGCGACUACGAGAAGGAGAAACUCAACGAGAGGCUCGCCAAGCUGUCGGACGGCGUCGCUGUUCUCAAGAUCGGAGGAACGAGUGACGUGGAGGUGAAUGAGAAGAAGGACCGAGUCACAGACGCUCUGAACGCCACACGAGCUGCAGUGGAGGAGGGAAUUGUACCUGGAGGAGGCUGCGCUCUGCUGCGCUGCAUCCCUUCACUCGACGAGAUCAAAGCUGCAAACUCAGACCAGAAGAUCGGUGUGGACAUCAUCAGACGGGCACUACGGAUCCCGGCCAUGACCAUCGCUAAGAAUGCCGGCGUGGAGGGCUCUCUGGUGGUGGAGAAGAUCCUGCGGAUCGGCGAGCUCGGCUAUGACGCCAUGCUGGGAGAGUACGUCAACAUGGUGGAGAAGGGCAUCAUCGACCCACCAAGGUGGUGAGGACGGCCCUCCUCGACGCCGCAGGAGUCGCCUCCCUGCUCUCCACCGCUGAGGCCGUCGUCACAGAGAUCCCAAGGAGGAGAAGGAGAUGCCCGGAGGCGGCAUGGGAGGAAUGGGCGGCAUGGGCGGAAUGGGCGGCAUGGGAGGAAUGGGUUUCUAAUGUGACCGUCCCGACUCGCUGUACAGACUUACAAAUGCAGGGUGGGACUGGAGGAGGAGGAGGAGGGUGGCGGCUGCUGAGGGA